UCCAAUUUGAGUAUCCUGAGAGUCGGGAUACAGUCCAAACUUCUGCCUACACACCACUGCUGCUGCUGCCACUACAUGCUAUCUGCUUGACCUGCAGACUCUCAGCUAAUAUCCAACCACUGGAAGACGACACGUGAUUGAUGCUCAGGACAUGGAAACAAACUAACUGAACUGACUGAAUGAAGACUCUCUCCUUCCUCUUUGCACUUUCUGUCUGACUUCUUCCAGGAGAGCUUUACAGAGCUGAUCACAUUGGAGACCUAAGUCAGCAACAUUAGGAGUCAUGGUCCCCUCACUGUACUGGCUCCUGCUGCUGUGGGGACUUCAGGGUCUUUGCGCACAGGACUAUGAAGAAGACUAUGAAGAAGAGGUGGUGACACCCAAGAAGAAGAACAAACUAUAUCCAUCCAAUUCCAUACCACAAAAUGGCAAAUCUCUCAUUGAUGAGGACUGUGGUUUGGAGAUAGCCUUUCUGAUAGAUAGCUCAGAGAGCGCAAAGGACAACCAUGCCCAGGAAAAGCGCUUUGCCUCUGACAUAAUGGACCGGCUGCAGGGCCUCCGGCUGCAGACUGGCCGGAGCCUCAGCUCCCGUGCAGCCCUUCUUCAGUACAGCAGCCAUGUCAUCAUAGAGCAGACCUUCAAACAGUGGAGAGGCAUCGACGACUUCAAGGCCCGAAUCGCUCCAAUCGUGUACAUUGGUCAUGGCACCUACACCACCUACGCUAUCACCAACCUCACCCGCAUCUACUUGGAAGAGUCUGACCCCAGUAGCAUCAAGGUGGCCAUUCUGCUCUUCGAUGGCAUCUCACACCCCAGGAACCCUGAUAUAUUUUCAGCUGUGGCUGAUGCCAAGAACCAGGGCGUCCGUUUCUUCACCAUAGGCAUCACACCUGAAGCUAAUGAGCCAACCAAUAUAGCUCAGCUGCGACUAAUUGCUAACUCCCCAGCUUCCCGCUACCUUCAUAACCUGCAGGACAGAGGCAAUGUGGAAAAAGUCAUUAAGGAGAUUACGGCGCUGGCGGAUGAAGGGUGUCCCCUGGCCCAGAGCAAGUGUGCGUGCGACAAGGGUGAGAGGGGACCCAGUGGCCCUCCUGGCAAGAAGGGCCGUCCUGGAGAGGAUGGAAGUCCUGGUCCAAAAGGACAGAAGGGUGAAAGUGGGCUCAGUGGACUUCCAGGUCGAGAAGGAGCAGAGGGAAAACCAGGAUACAAAGGAGAGAAGGGAGAGAGAGGGGAGUGUGGCACACCCGGAAUUAAAGGAGACAGAGGUCCUGAAGGUACUGUUGGUCCAAGAGGAAAUCGUGGACUUCAGGGUUUGCCUGGUCCACCUGGUGACAUCGGACCUGAAGGGGCAAUGGGUAAAAAAGGGGAAAGGGGACUUUCUGGGCCACCUGGAAUCCAAGGGGAAACAGGGAUUGGCCUUCCGGGACCCAAGGGUGAUGUUGGUUUCCAGGGGCAACCAGGGCCCCCCGGUCCUCCAGGACUUGGCGAGCCUGGACCACCGGGGCCUCAAGGGCCACAGGGAGUCCAAGGAGAGAGAGGACCAAUAGGAGAGGGUUUCCCUGGACCAAAGGGAGAGCGAGGCUUGGAGGGGCCACGGGGGCCCAGAGGACAGCCGGGCGCUGGAAUCAAAGGAGACAAGGGGGACUUUGGACCACCAGGUCUUCCAGGGCCGCUCGGCCUUCCAGGAGUAGGCAUACAGGGCGAGAAGGGCAUGGAAGGACCAAGGGGGCCACCAGGAAGCAGGGGCCUACCUGGAGAGGGUGCGCCUGGACCCAAGGGAGACCAAGGGCUGCCAGGUGAGGUUGGUGCCCCAGGAGAGAGAGGGGCUGGAGACCCUGGAGCUAAGGGCGAGCCAGGAUCACAGGGAAUGUCAGGUUUGCCAGGGCUGCCAGGAGAGGACGGAGCCCCUGGACAGAAGGGUGAGCCAGGAGCUCCAGGUCUCAGAGGACUAGAGGGGGCACCUGGCAUUGGCACUCAGGGUGAAAAGGGUGACCAAGGACAAAGAGGAAUAAGAGGCUUGACUGGUCCACCUGGCAUUGCUGGACCUUCAGGACCAAAGGGAGAACCAGGGGCACAAGGCAGGGCGGGGGCUCCUGGUCCACCAGGCCGUUUCAUUGCAGGACCCAAGGGUGACAAUGGCCCAAGUGGUCCUCCUGGUCCGAUCGGGGAAACUGGCUACGGACUUCCUGGUCCAAAGGGUGACCGUGGAGAUCCAGGUCCUGCAGGUCCAUUUGGUCCCAAAGGAGAUGGCUAUCCUGGCCCCAUGGGCCCUCCUGGUCUGCCUGGACUUCCUGGAGAACCUGGCCCAGAAGGGUUGGGCAUCCCUGGACCAAAGGGGGAUAUUGGUUUCCGAGGGUUGCCUGGUUUACCAGGACCUCCAGGCGAAGGACUCCAAGGACCUCCGGGUAACCCUGGGCGAUCUGGCCCACCGGGGCCAACAGGGCCACAAGGACAAGGAGUUCAAGGGCCAAAGGGUGAACAGGGGGCUCAAGGUGUGACAGGGCCAAGGGGGCUUCCUGGAGAGGGCUUUCCGGGCGCUAAGGGUGACCGCGGCUCGGCAGGGGAGAGGGGGCUGAAGGGAAUCAAAGGAGAUAUGGGAGAUCCUGGAACCCCGGGGCAACCUGGCCGAACUGGUAUCAAAGGUGAAGCAGGACUCACUAGAGAGGACAUCAUUCGAAUGAUCAAAGAGAUCUGUGGAUGUGGGAUCAAGUGUAAGGAGAGGCCCAUGGAGCUGGUGUUUGUCAUUGACAGCUCAGAGAGCGUGGGCCCAGAGAACUUUGAGAUCAUUAAGGACUUUGUAAACGCGCUGGUGGACCGGGUCACUGUGGGCCGCAACGCCACCAGGAUCGGCCUGGUGCUGUACAGCCUGGAGGUGAAGCUGGUGUUCAACUUGGCCCGCUACGUCACCAAACAGGACAUCAAGCAGGCCAUCAGGAACAUCCCAUACAUGGGAGAGGGCACGUACACAGGUACAGCCAUUCGUAAAGCCACACAGGAGGCCUUCUACAGCUCACGUACGGGAGUCAGCAAAGUGGCCAUCGUGAUUACUGACGGCCAGACGGACAAACGAGAGUCAGUGAAGCUGGAUAUUGCCGUGCGAGAAGCACAUGCUGCUAAUAUUGAGAUGUUUGCCCUGGGGAUUGUGAACACGUCAGACCCGACGCAGGCUGAGUUCCUGAGAGAGCUGAACCUGAUCGCCUCUGACCCAGACACAGAGCACAUGUUCCUCAUCGAUGACUUCAACACCCUGCCAGCUCUGGAAUCCAAGCUGGUCAGCCAGUUCUGUGAGGACGAGAACGGAGCCCUGAUUUACAACAGGAUAACUAAUGGCUACAACGGCCAUGGAAACAAUGGCUACAACGGCAACAGGAAUGGCAUCAAUGGGAACUACGCCAUCGGUGGCUAUGGAUACCGGCCUGUGACUGAGAAGGAAAUCGUGAACGGUCGACAGACUGGCACCAACACUGGCACCAGCACCCACAGCCAUGGAGGCAAAGUAGAAACCACCCAACAUGGCAGUAAAGGAUCAAGCACAGCACAUGGUGGAGGAGGGCAGGUGUACACUGAUACAACAAACUGGGAGACUGAGCGCGGGGACACAUUUAACCGCGAAACCGUAGAUAUCAGACCUGUUCCUCCUUCCAGAGGGGACUCCUCCAGCAGCCGAGGCUCUUCCUCAUCUUCAUCCUCAUCAUCAUCAUCUUCUUCUUCUUCUUCUACAAAUAUAACCAUAUCAUCCUCAGGUGUAUCUGUACCAUACGUGCCUCCCCCACGGCCAGCUCUCCCCAAAGAGACCGUUCCCUUAGACCCUCGCUGCGGCUUGGUCCUGGACCAGGGCACGUGUCGGGACUACAACAUCCGCUGGUAUUACGACAAGCAGGCCAACGCCUGUGCCCAGUUCUGGUACGGAGGCUGUAACGGCAACAAGAACCGAUUUGACACAGAGGAGGAGUGCAAGAGGACGUGUGUGAUCACCAGAUCCUACUGGAGGCUGAGUGAAGGCAUCUGCCAUACAUCUGCUGUAGAUACGUCAAGGAGGGGCAGCUAA